AAAAUACCAAAAUACCCAUAUGGCGGCGUCCUGAGUUCUUUAACUCAAAUGCGUCCGACUUCCCCCGGCCACCGACGAUGCGCUUCCCCGGCGACGGCGUAGAGAUUAUCAGGCCUUACCUGAGAGUACCCAUCAUCAAAAUUUUAUUUCAAUCGUCCUCCGAUGCCUACACCGAACUUAUUGAAAUGUACGCUCGUGAUCGAGCAUUAUACCCGGGAAGAGCACUCCAUGCCCACCUGAUUGUCCAUGGAUUGGCUCGUUUGACCCAUUUUGCCUCCAAGCUCAUAGCUUUAUACACUGGGUGUGGGUAUCUAUCCGAUGCACGCAAAGUGUUCGACAAAAUUCCCACGACAAAUAUCCGCGGUUGGAUCAACCUCAUAGGUGCUUACUCUCGAUGUGGUUAUUAUCCAGAGGCACUGAGCGUCUUCUCAGAGAUGCAGAGAGAGGAUUUCAGACCCAACAAGUUUGUCAUCCCCAGCAUUCUAAAAGCAUGCGGCCAUGUUUCUGAUAUAGAAACCGGGGUAAAGAUACAUACCCUCAUCCUGAAGCAUUCUUUUGAAACUGAUGCUUUUGUCAUCAGCUCACUGGUUGAUAUGUACUCAAAAUGUGGGCUAGUGAAAAGGGCCAAAAGAGUGUUUGAUGGAAUGGAGGAGAAGGAUUUGGUUACUUUAAAUGCUGUUCUUUCAGGCUAUACUCAGAGUGGACUCGCCAAAGAGGCAUUGAGUUUGGUCGAGGAGAUGCAUUUACUAGGAUUAAAGCCUAACGUGAUUACAUGGAAUAUCUUGAUUGCAGGGUUUUCUCUGAAGGCUGAUGAAACCAUGGUGUCUAGAGUUUUUGAAUUGAUGCAGGUUAAUGGGGUUGAGCCUGAUGUGGUAUCUUGGACUUCAGUAAUAUCCGGUUUUGUGCAGAACUUUCGAAAUGAUGUUGCUUUUGAUAGUUUUAAGAAGAUGAUAAAUCUAGGGCUCUGCCCAACUCCGGCAACCAUUAGCAGCCUCGUAGCUGCUUGUGCAUCCAUAGCGGAUUUAAAGCAGGGGAAGGAGAUUCAUGGUUAUUCAGUGGUGAUUGGAGUUGAAGAUAAUGUAUAUGUUAGGAGUGCUCUUGUUGACAUGUAUGCAAAAUGUGGGUUUAUUCGAGAGGCAAGGACUCUGUUUUAUAAAAUGUCUGAGAGAAAUACUGUGACUUGGAAUUCAAUGAUUUUCGGUUAUGCAAAUCAUGGGUACUGCCUGGAAGCAAUUGAACUUUUCAAUCUGAUGGAGGAAGAGAGAACAAGGCCUGAUCACUUGACUUUCACAGCAGUUCUUAGUGCUUGUAGUCACGCUGGGUUGAUAGAACUUGGACAGAAUCUGUUUAAAUUGAUGCAAGAAAAAUAUGGAAUUAGACCGAGAGCAGAGCAUUAUGCAUGCUUGGUUGAUCUUCUUGGUCGAGCUGGAAAGGUUAACGAAGCGUAUGAUAUUAUCAAGGCAAUGCCUGUUAAACCAGAUUUGUUUGUGUGGGGAGCAUUGUUGGGAGCUUGUAGAACUCAUGGAAAUAUGGACCUUGCUGAGGUCGCAGCUAACCAUUUGGUGGAGCUUGAGCCAGGUAAUGCGGGAAACAAGCUUCUCUUGUCUAGUUUACAUGCUGAAGCAGGAAACUGGGCCAGUGUUGUUAAGUUGAAGAAGGCGAUGAAGAAAAGAAAAAUGAUGAAUUUUCCAGCAUGCAGUUGGGUAGAAGCUGCCUGAUACAUGAGCAGGCCUGGCUUGCCUUCAAGAAUCAUGCUCUCUGCCCUUCACAUUUGUUUUUUUUUAUUAGAAUACUUCUCCUCAAGACUUGAGUUGAAUCUACCCGAACAAAGUCAUAUUCCUUCGGUGUGACCAUCAAUCUUCACGGUGAAAUAAAAAUAUAAUGCUGAGCUCAGGACAGUGAUAUCCAUCCACAACAGAUCAAGUUAACUUUAUGGAAAAAAGGGUUCUGAUAGAAUAAGAGCAUGACCACCGCAUAAAUCACAGAUUUCAGCAAGAUCAAAAUCCCAGAAAGCAAAUAAACUAAGAGGUAUCAGAGUCUCAGAGUCUCACCAUAAGUUCAUGAAUAGCAACUCAGACUGAGAUGCAGCAAUGUGAAAAUACUAAGAAACUCCAGUAGACAGAAAAGUAUGAAAGAGGUGACAGAGUAGUCCAAUAUUCAGCAUGUUAGGAUUGCAGACCAGUUUCACCUUUAGCCCAUUAAUUGGCUUUAUGAAGGGUCAAUAUAUUCAACAAAUGUAAUUUUGUAAGCACUGUCUAAUCCAAGUAGACUAGGAGACAAUGCUGGGCAUUUCUUGCUAAUAAUCUAGGUAGAUUAGAAGUUAUACAUGGAGAAUUUCUUGCUUCCGUUCCAUCAGAAGAGUUGAAGAAGCUAACCAUCGGGGCUUGCCUGAAUCAUUUAUGGAGUAAUCUGUUGAACCAUCUACAUACGCUUCAUUUGAAACCAUUCUCCAUGUAUCCCCAGUUAACAAGAUCCCAGCCAGUUCCAAGAUUUGUGCAUGCAAAGUGGCUCUAAAUCUACAGAGAAACAAAAGACAAAAAUAUUAAAUGUUCUCAAGCAACAGUAAACUGACCUAAAAAAUCAUCAAAUCAACCAAUAGCAAUCCA